ACAGAGGGUCAUGCAGUGUAAAUCACAAGUGCGUGUCAGGCAGAAGACUUGGAUCAUCCUGAGCAUUCCUGGGAGCUAAAAGCAAAAUAUAACUGUGACCACUGCAGGAUUUAAGAAACGUUUCCUGGCACCAUGAACAUCUCUGAUCCCAUCACAUUGGUUAUAUCUAUUAUUUUAUGCCUUUUUGUUGCCAUAUUUUUAUAUGGACGAAAAAGAAAUGUUCAUUAUAAUCUGCCGCCUGGACCAAGACCCUUACCGAUCAUUGGAAAUCUGCACAUUCUAGACCUGAAGAAACCAUAUCAUACAUUUCAUCAGCUCUCUAAGAAGUAUGGACCAGUGUACACAAUAAAACUAGGAGAAGAGAAAGUUGUUGUGCUUUGCGGAUACGAUGCAGUGAAGGAAGCCCUUGUCAAUCAUGCUGAGGAAUUUUCUGGAAGACCAAAGGUGCCCCUUUUUCACGAAAUAAUAAAAGGACAUGGAGUCAUUUUUGCUUACGAUGAAAACUGGAAAAUGAUGAGACGGUUCACUCUGUCAACACUAAGAGAUUUUGGAAUGGGGAAAGGAGCUAUUGAAAACAAGAUUUCUGAAGAAAGUGAUUUUCUAGUAAAGAGGAUCAGAUCCUACAAAGGGGAGCCCUUUGAUAACAUAAGGAUAAUAAAUGCCGCAGUAGCCAACAUAAUAGUCUCCAUCUUACUGAGUAAUCGAUUCGAUUAUGAGGAUCCUACACUAUUAAGGCUGUUGAAGAUUGUUAAUGAAAACGUCCAAUUGAUUGGAGGCCCGGGGGCCAUGCUUGCUAAGAAGUACGGCCCAGUGUUCAGUAUAAAGAUAGGAGUCCAGAAGAUGGUUGUGCUGAGCGGAUAUGACACCGUGAAAGAAGCUCUUGUCAACCAGGCAGAGGAGUUCUCUGACAGACCCACAUUGCCUGUUCUAUUAGAUGCAACAAAAGGAUAUGGUGUUAUCUUUACUUCUGGACAAAGCUGGAAAACCAUGCGGCGUUUCAGUAUUUCUACACUACGCGAUUUGGGUAUGGGCAAAAGAACCAUAGAAGACAAAAUUGCUGAGGAAUCCAUUUUUUUAGUGGAGACAUUCAAAUCCUACAAAGGUAAACCUUUUCACAACACCAUGAUAGUGAACGCUGCCGUCGCUAAUAUCAUUGUAUCUACAUUACUUGGUCAUCGCUUUGACUUUGAUGAUCCAAAACUUCAUAGGCUUUUGACCAUAAUAAUUAAAGCUGUCAGAACUAUGGGUUCCCCCAUGGCCUUGUUGUACAACGCAUUUCCAUCUUUGAUGCGCUGGAUUCCAGGAAGCCACAAAUCCAUUCCACCAUACGUUGAUGAAUUACAUUCAUUUAUUAGAGAGGUCUUCACCAAACAAAGGGAUGAACUGGAUGUCAAUGACCAGAGAAAUCUCAUAGAUUGUUUCCUGGUCAAACAGAAAGAGGAGAAACCAAAUCCUGAGUUAUACUUUCAUGAUGAAAACCUAACCUCUCUGGUAUCGGACUUGUUUGCUGCUGGAAUGGAGACGACUUCUGCCACGUUGAGAUGGGGCCUUCUAUUAAUGAUGAAGUAUCCUGAAGUUCAAAAAAAAGUUCAAACAGAAAUUGGAAUGGUUAUCGGUUCAGCCAAGCCUCGUAUGGUGCACCGCCAACAAAUGCCAUACACGGACGCUGUUAUUCAAGAGAUUCAGAGAUUUGCCAAUAUUCUGCCAAGCAAUUUGCCGCAUCAGACUAAACAAGAUGUCACCCUGAAGGGCUUCUUCAUACCAAAAGGGACUCAAGUAAUUCCAUCACUAACAUCUGUCCUACGAGACAACAAGUACUUCAAGAAACCCGAUGAGUUUUACCCUCAACAUUUUCUGGACUCCGAUGGAAACUUUGUUAAAAAUGAGGCCUUUAUACCAUUUUCUGCUGGGAAGAGAAGUUGUGUUGGAGAGAACAUGGCUAAAAUGGAGAUUUUCCUCUUCUUCACAAAGCUGCUACAGAACUUUACAUUCGAUGCUCCUCCUGGGGCCAAGCUGGAUCUCAAUGGUGCAGUUGGCUUUGUCUCAUACCCACAGGAGCAUGAGAUGUGUGCAAUUCCUCAAAAUUAAU